AUGACGAGUAUGAACAUUGCCCCUUCAUACAAGCUGCUCCAGCUGCCACAUGAGCUUUUACACGAGGUAGCUUUCCGACUGGCUAUCACUGAGCUUCGUAUCUUCAGCCAAGUCAAUUAUCAGCUGCACGACUUCGUUAUUGACUUUCUCGCUCGAUACCGACACAACACUGCCAUAUCGCGACUUCCAGCCAACAUUCUCCACAAUAUCAUCUAUCAGCAACUGGAUGACUACCAGGACGCCCGUCGCUAUUUCGCGCAAACGAGCCAGAAGCUUUACUCCACCGUAAUGAACUUAAUUAUCCGAUAUGAUAUUGAGCAAGAUCGGAGCAGCAUGCUGAACCACGCGUCCUCGAACAACCAUGGACAUAUUGCUCGGAAGGUAAUUCGGCUUGGUGGCGAUAUAAACACUGAAUGCGAGGAACCUGAAAUCUUUCGACGUAUUCUUUCAAGUACCAGCGGAGGACUGACAUGCUAUAGUCCGCUCAUGCGGGCAGCUACCAACGACCAUGUGGAGAUGCUGCAUUUGCUCCUGGCAGCUGGUGUUGCCGGGAUCAAAUGGGGCCUCAUCACAGCCAUUUUGACGGGCCAGGAACGCAGCAUACUCUUACUUUCAUACCGGACCACACUCGAAGACAUGCACGAAGUUCUUCAGUUAACACGUGGGACCAAGAAUAUCAGCUCCUAUCGGUACUUGUUAGCUCACGCACCUGAGAAUGAGCAAGUUAGGUAUAUUCGUAGCGCGGCGCUACGCGACAUCCUCGCCACCUACGCCUCCAAGGACGAUUAUGUAAAGAAGAAAUUAGACGAAGACACCUAUCAAUUUGCGGCUAUACUACUAGAAUACGGAGCAGAUCCUGAUCACUGUCACAAUACAGAACUGUUGAAUCAGCACUGUACGUCACGGUAUUAUGCAGCCAAGAAUACGGAUCCACGCAUUCGGAAUUUGCUUCUUACGGCAAAGUUUUCAACUCAGAAACGACCUGAUCGAACGAGCCCGAGCACGAAGCAGUCGAAAGCGCUCAUGGAGGAGGACGAGAAAGAGGACGAUGAAACAGAGCCGGAAGUACCAACAUCACAACAUCCGAACCACGACUUUCUGGGCUAA